AUGUCGGACAUGAUUUGGAUUAUGGUUAAGUGCGCAAGGGUGAACGGGGUUGAGUCGAAGGAAAAGUGUGAGACGUCUUCUCUUUCUAUUUUUCCCCAUCAACUGGUGUUUUUUGUCGAUGAGGCGUUCUGGAGUGUCUUACCUGAAUGGGGGUUAUUCAACUCCAUUUCAUCACAUUGUCGGGUUCGAUCAUGCAUUCAAAUCCAGAUAUUUGUACAGGACUCGCACGACAAAUUUCAGGGCAGGAAGCAAUUCAGCUAUUCCAAGGAAUUGGAACGUGGCACGCAUGUGAUGUGUAGUCAUUUCCAACAAAGGGCUUCGUUUUCCAAAGUGCAGAUAAAGUCUCAAAACGCCAAUACACUGUAG